AUGCUUUGCAACGGAAAAGCACGUCUGAGUAGUUACACAGGAUCAAUGCAAUCAGCAAGAAAGCCUGAGAGAAAAGUUAAAGUUUUUGUUGAUGACAAACAGGAUCAAAGGAACUCUUUUAUUUUGUCCGCGGUGAGAAUCAUCGUCGGAGGAUCUCUUGCCGUCCUUUUCAUCGUCAAAGACUUGGCUUGCGUUAUAUUGUUUGGAGUCGUGCGACUCCUAAGUGAAACUCUACGAUGGUUUGUCAACUUUGUUAUUCGAUUCACAGAGGAAAUAUUACUAACUAUUGUGAGGGUAACAAUGCGUAGUGUUGAAGAAUUAUUUAACCUUUUAUUUGGUGUUAUUCUUCAGAUCAUAAACAAUGGAGGUAGAGUGCUAGUUCGUGGAUUGCAGCAAAUCAUUGGAGUUGUAGGUUACUUGUUCAUUAUCGCGAGCUUUGCGGUGGCCUAUCUUUUUCAUCGGAUAAUUUCUUUCUUAUUUUCUGAAAGGUAAAAUUCGGUCGUAACUAACUGUUCUUGCGUAUUAUAAAUGUAAGACAAACGUACGUGGAGUCUACCAUGAUCAAUUUCAUAAAUAUUUUAAUUGUAAUAUUUACAUAUCAGUACUUUUGUCACGCCAUCAAUAGAUCGUCUUCUGUUCCUCGUAUUUGGUUAGAAGUUUGGUUUGUGUUUACUAAUACAAAGCUACUACUGACUUUUCCAAGGAAGAAAACAAAGCUUUGGAAACAACUUUAUCUUCCAAAUUAUUCAAGACAAGGAACCAACGAUACGUUAGAACUGUUAAAAUGAUGUUGCCGUCGAAAUUGGAAGCGUGCACUCGUUUUAGACUCGGCGACUUCGUUGUGCGGGGUGCUGCAGAGGUUGAAGAGAGAUUGAAGUACCAAAAUACGCCUCAGAACUAAGGAGAGACUUCGUAUACAUAUAUAUAGGGAGAAUUUAUUUGCUACAAGCUAACAUGGCGCCAAAGAAAUCGAAAGAGUCACAAGAAAGUCCGACAACUCAUUUGCAAUUAUCACGCGUCAUCUUUCGAAUCAUUUCUCACAUGAUCUGCAAUUUCUAUCUACUCGUAGUGCAGUACAUUGGAAAAGCAAUGCAUACUAUACUACAGGUGUUAUUUGAGACGAUUCGCGAUGUAAUCAAGAUUAUACUGAUGUUAGUUGCCCGCGUGUUUUCUGAUAUCUGCUACGGUGCGGCCCAUAUCGUAGAAAAGAUAAUUGAAGCUGUGCUAUAUAUUCUUCUUCAACUCAUUCUGAUAGCAGGGAGUUUGAUUAAUCGAACAGUGAGAGGAUUUGUGGAUCAGGCGGGAUAUAGUAUUUCGUCAGCCGUGUUUAUUGUUCUCACCGCCCUAAUUUGGUGGGUUGUUCUUCCCGCGCUAGUGAACUUUGGUCACGCAGUCUUGCAGUCAAUUAAUGAAUUCGUCACGCAAUUACUAUGA